CGUGAGAGGAGGGAGAUUGGAGCUCGGUCUCCCCCUCGCAGCAGCUCUCCUCCUCUACCGGCCUUCGUCCCUCCUGUGAGCUGACAUCCUCGACUCCUCUUCUCUCUUUCGUCUUCUGCUCUUCUUCCUCAGUAGACGAAUCGAAGUCCCCAGAAAGGCGGUCAGGAAUCAAUUCUUCGGGCAGGCGGUCCCAUCUAGAGCUGCACCUUGGCUGGGACUAUUUGAGCCUUGUAGUAGGAGCACAACCUUGCUGCAAAUCAUCUGUAUUCCUUAUUCUUUCACGCUUCCUUCACAAAUGCAUCCGACAUACACAGCUCAUAUGGCUGAUUAUAGCCCUUGCGAUCCUUGUACAAACUCUCCAUCCCGUCGGCUUCAGGCUUGCAGGAUGACGGCGCGGUGGAAUGCUCGAAGCACACUUGUGGUCUCGGUGCUUGCCCUUGCGAUGCCUCUGGCAGGCGCUGGGAACCCAGUGCUCACCCUGCGUGGCGGGUGGGUCAGUCCGCUCCUCCCAGAGCUGCUGCCGUCUCCCAGCACGACAGACAUCGGAUCCAAGACGAGGCAGGCAACUCUUGCUCGCUCAGAGACAGCAACUCGAUCUAUCUGGCGACUAUACCCGGCACAGAAGACGUCUUCGGAGGAGGUUUGUUCUGCGGAGCAGGUGGAACAGUCGAUCGUCAUCGAGGCUUCUGCGGAAGACUGCUUCCUGGCAGCUACGCGCUAUGAGGACUACCCCAAGUGGGCAGCAGGAAUGAAGGACGUCAAGGUGCUCGAGAAGCGAUCGGACGGGCUCGGAGUCGUUGUGGAGUUUGUGAUGGGGAUCUUUGGCAUGACCACGAGGAACAAGAUGAAGUACGAGUACCGACGUCCACACAGCAUGAACUGGCAUGUGACUGAGGGAGGCAUCAAGGAGCUGGUCGGUCGUUACGAUUUCGUGCCGCUCGGCCCAGACAGGACGAAAGUGGUUUACAAACUCCGUGUGGAGCCUGGCUUCCCUUUCCCUCAGAUGCUGAAGAAAGCGACGUCAAGAGCGGUUGCCAGCGCAGCGCUAAACGAUCUCAAGAGGUGGACUGAGUCAAAGGCUCGUGAGGCAGCGUCGAUGUCCACGGCAAGUAGCGCUUCAGAGGAGAGUGAUGAGAACUCGGAGGUGUCGACAGAGGCUGUCAGGCACCUAGUAGCCUUGUGCUAAUACAAGCCUUGGCGCUUACCUCCUCUCUUUCUCUCACGCUGUUCUUGCCUAGUACAACACAAACUGUACAACAC